GGCACUCGGGGGGCUUCCCGCCCGUGCGGCCGGCGUCCUGUCACCCGCCGCCUCCCGGCCCCAGCCCCGGCGAGGGGACGCCCGCAGGUUUCCGCACAACUUUCUCCGCGCCGCCUUGGCGGGCAGGUGUCGCGGCGGCUUUCGGAUCGCGAGGAGGGGUGGCUGCGGCGUGCACCCCCUUUUCGCCGCGCGCCCUUUCGUGCCUACACCAGGCACAAUGGGGGCGCUUUGGGGUCCGCCGUAAAACCCCGGCCGCAGACAAAAGGCGCCAGGCGUAACAUUCCAGUUCUCUUUCCGAUCGCGGCGCAGGAGUCCCGAAGCGAGUUUUAAGAAAAUUAAUAUUGGAUCAAAGAGAAGCAGUUCAUAUCAGAAACGUGUAUGCUAUGGUUAGCUGGUUACUCUCCUCCGAGAAUCUGUUUUCCCACGGUGUGAAACUUGUGCAGCAUCGGGAUAAGGGAUAACGACUCUAUGGAUAUACAGAAGUCUUCACCAUGGUAAAACUCGCCAACCCGCUGUAUACUGAGUGGAUUUUGGAGGCGAUUAAAAAGGUCAAGAAGCAAAAACAACGCCCUUCAGAGGAGAGGAUAUGCAAUGCGGUGUCUUCAUCCCAUGGUUUGGACCGUAAAACUGUUUUGGAACAACUAGAAUUAAGUGUUAAAGAUGGGACUAUUUUAAAAGUCUCCAACAAGGGUCUCAAUUCCUACAAGGAUCCCGAUAAUCCGGGGAGAAUAGCACUUCCGAAGCCUCGAAACCAUGGCAAGUUGGAUGGUAAACCAAACGUGGACUGGAAUAAACUGAUCAAGCGGGCGAUCGAGGGCUUGGCGGAGUCCAGUGGCUCGUCCUUGAAAAACAUAGAGCGCUUUUUGAAAGGUCAGAAGGACGUGUCUGUGUUGUUUGGAGGUAGUGCUGCUUCCGCUUUUCACCAGCAAUUGCGACUAGCUGUCAAGCGUGCUGUUGGCCAUGGCAGACUCCUUAAAGAUGGACCUCUCUACCAGCUCAACACUAAAGCAGUCGCUAAUGCUGACGGGAAGGAAAGCUGCGAGUCUCUUUCCUGUCUGCCACCUGUGUCGCUUCUUCCCCAUGAGAAGGAUAAGCCGGUUGCUGAACCAAUCCCAAUCUGCAGUUUCUGCCUUGGUACGAAAGAACAAAACCGGGAGAAGAAACCCGAGGAGCUCAUCUCUUGUGCUGACUGUGGCAACAGCGGUCAUCCGUCCUGUUUGAAAUUCUCUCCAGAGCUGACAGUUCGAGUGAAAGCCUUGCGAUGGCAGUGCAUUGAAUGCAAAACGUGCAGCUCCUGUCGAGAUCAGGGCAAAAAUGCAGAUAACAUGCUGUUUUGUGACUCAUGUGACAGGGGCUUUCACAUGGAGUGCUGUGACCCACCUCUCACCAGGAUGCCGAAAGGUAUGUGGAUAUGUCAGAUAUGUCGGCCACGGAAGAAAGGAAGAAAACUUCUACACAAGAAAGCAGCACAGAUAAAACGGCGCUAUGCCAAUCCAAUAGGACGUCCCAAAAAUAGGUUAAAGAACCAGAAUGCAGCAUCAAAAGGUCCCUUCAGUAAAGUUCGAACUGGCCCAGGUCGGGGUCGGAAACGCAAGAUCGCGCUCUCCAGCCAGUCAGCAGCAGAAGGAGGGUAUCUGGAACAGACGGAUGGCCUGGACUUCUGCCGAGAUGGAAGCACCACCUUGAAAUUAAACAAGAAAACCAAAGGGCUCAUUGAUGGCCUUACCAAAUUCUUCACCCCUUCCCCUGAUGGACGGAAAGCUCGAGGGGAAGUGGUGGACUAUUCUCAGCAAUAUAGGAUCAGGAAAAAAGGCAGCAGGAAAUCUAGCACUUCAGAAUGGCCCACAGACAAUCAGGAUAGCUGGGAUGGAAAACAGGAAAAUGAGGAUCGGUUUUUUGGGAGCCAGGAAGUCCUGACUGAGAAAGAUAUGGAGUUGUUCCGAGACAUUCAGGAGCAAGCACUGCAGAAAGUAGGGGUGACGGGUCCCCCUGAUCCACAAGUCCGCUGCCCCUCUGUCAUCGAGUUCGGGAAGUAUGAAAUCCAAACCUGGUACUCCUCCCCAUAUCCACAGGAAUACUCAAGGCUGCCUAAGUUGUAUCUUUGCGAAUUCUGUUUAAAGUAUAUGAAAAGCAGAACUAUCCUCCAGCAGCACAUGAAAAAAUGUGGCUGGUUUCAUCCCCCAGCCAAUGAAAUCUACAGAAAGAAUAAUAUUUCAGUUUUUGAGGUUGAUGGCAAUGUCAGUACCAUUUACUGCCAGAACUUGUGCUUGCUGGCAAAGCUUUUCUUGGACCAUAAGACGCUUUAUUAUGAUGUGGAACCAUUUCUCUUCUAUGUGCUGACACAGAAUGAUGUCAAGGGCUGCCACCUUGUUGGCUACUUCUCCAAGGAGAAGCAUUGCCAACAGAAGUACAAUGUUUCCUGUAUAAUGAUUCUCCCCCAGUACCAGCGUAAGGGCUAUGGCAGGUUCCUCAUUGACUUCAGCUAUCUGCUUUCAAAGCGCGAAGGUCAAGCAGGGUCACCAGAAAAGCCACUGUCUGAUCUGGGCCGUCUCUCAUACAUGGCUUAUUGGAAAAGUGUAAUACUGGAGUGCCUUUAUCAUCACCGUGACAAGCAAUUAAGCAUCAAGAAGUUAAGCAAACUGACUGGAAUCUGCCCUCAAGACAUCACGUCCACCUUGCACCACCUACGAAUGCUUGACUUCCGUAGUGACCAAUUUGUGAUUGUUCGUCGGGAGAAACUUAUCCAGGAACAUAUGGCAAAGCUCAAGACUCAUGUCCGAUCUAUAGAUGUAGAUCCAGAAUGUUUGCGCUGGACACCUGUCAUUGUCUCCAACUCUGUUGUCUCUGAGGAUGAAGAGGAAGAAACUGAGGAAGGAGAAAAUGAAGAGCAGCAGCAGCAGAAGGAAAGAGAUCUAGAGGCCAGUAUGGUGAAACCUGUCUCCUGGGAGAAGAAAGAGCAAGAACCUUAUUCUCCUCCAGAGAAUGAAAAAAAGCCAGACAUUGUUGCUCCAGCCAGUUCAGUACGGCCAAACAAGCAAGUUCUUCCCUUGGAUAGUCUUCCUGCAAACAGCCAGCCAUCACGAAGGGGCCGAUGGAGCCGGAAAGGCAAAAAGCUUCAGGAAACUUUUUGCGAUAAGGAACAGAAACUGUUCCUAGAGGAGCUGUCUGCAGCUCCUAGCGGGCGGUGCAGCGAAUGCGAGGAGAAGUCAGCUGCCUCACGAGGCCGUUGCAGCGAAUGCGAGGAGAAGUCGGCAGCUUCACAGGGACGAUGCGGCGAGUGUGAGGAGAAAUCCCCAGCCCUCCGGGGGCGUUAUGGGGAAGAUGAGGAUAAGGCUGCAGCCCCGCAGGGACAGUAUGGGAAAAGUGACAAGUCCUUGGUGCCUGGGCGGCGAUACAGCGAAGGCAUGGAGAUGUUGAGAAGACAGUUAAAGAAGAGCACUGAGCCACUGAAGUGCCGAUUCGUGGAGGAGUGUGACAGAUUGCCCCGCCGCUACAGCGAUGGUGAUAGGACUCUUCUGAGGUGCUUUAGUGAGAGUAGCGAAGAGGAGGAGGAUGAUCCUGUGAGUCCUCGGUCCAACUCUCCGCCUGUUCUUACCAAGCCAACAUUAAAACGAAAGAAACCUAUUCUCCAUCGCAAGAGGCGAGUACGUAAGCGCAAGCACCACAACAGCAGUGUUGUCACUGAAACGAUCUCCGAGACCACAGAGGUGUUGGAUGAGCCUUUUGAGGACUCGGACUCCGAGAGGCCAAUGCCCCGAUUAGAGCCUACCUUUGAGAUUGAGGAAGAGGAGGAAGAGGAAGAGGAUGAAAGCGAACUAUUCUCGAGGGGGUAUUUUCGUCACUUACCCCCACCAGAUACCCUCAGGCGCCGACCCUCCUCGAAGAGGAAGUCCAAAGAUGAAGAGGAUUCUGAUGACACUAACGGCACCCCUACCUUGAAGCCAGUCUCUCUGCUGAGAAAAUGUGAAGCAACAGAUUCUCCCCUUGAGCCAGAUACUUCUACCCCCAUGAAGAAGAAGAAGGGAUGGCCAAAAGGCAAAAGCCGCAAGCCAGUCCACUGGAAGAAAAGACCUGGUCGGAAACCAGGGCUUAAACUGAACCAGGAGAAGGUGCCAGCCUCUACUGAGGAUGAAGGAGUAGAUGCAGUGGUAACUGAUUCAAAGCCAGGGCGCAAACCCAAGAUGCAGGAGAAGGAAGAGCCUGUUGAACAAAAAGAAGAGCUGCCCCUGGCUGAGGAGAGGAAGGAGGAGGACGUGCACAUGGAAGCAGAAGAGGUGGGAGAGGGAGAGGAGGAAGAUACAACAAGCAGUGAAGUGAGAGCAGUUUCUCCUGUGGACAGCAGCAGUCCAGCACCAGAAGUCAAAGAGCCUGAGAUAGAGGAAGAAGUAGAGGAAAAGCCACGGGUAUCAGAAGAGCAAAGGCAAUCAGAGGAGGAGCAGCAAGAAGCAGAAGAGCCUGAGCACGAUCACGAGGAAGAAGAUGACGUUGCGGAGGUGAUAAAUCAAAAUGAAGACCAUGAUGCCGAUGAUGAAGAUGAUGCUCACCUGGAGUCUGCGAAGAAGAAAGAACUGGAGGAACAGCCUGUCGGGGAAGGGGUGAAAGAGGAGCCUGACGUUCAGGAGUCUUUUUUAGAAGCAAGCCUACAGAGCGGUAGGGAAGAUGCAAAGGGCAAAAAUGAGGCCGAGGCAGAUUCUGAGGAAGAGCAGGCUUCUCAUGAGACCUCAGGAGGCUCAGAGCAUGUCCCUGGCUCUGAGGACGAUCACGAAGAAGAGCAAAACAAUAAAGAAGGGUUAAUUGAACUAAAAGAAGAGGAAGAGAUUCCUCACAGUGAGCUAGACCUAGAAACGGUCCAAGCAGUCCAGUCGCUGACGCAGGAAGAAAGCAACGAGCAUGACGUGGCCUACCAGGACUGCGAGGAAACGCUAGCUGCUUGUCAGACUCUGCAGAGCUACACCCAGGCGGACGAGGACCCUCAGAUCUCCAUGGUGGAGGAUUGUCAUGCCUCGGAGCACAAUAGUCCGAUAUCUUCUGUCCAGUCCCACCCGAGCCAGUCUGUGCGCUCUGUCAGCAGCCCCAACGUGCCUGCCCUGGAGAGUGGUUACACCCAGAUAAGCCCUGAACAAGGAUCCCUGUCCGCACCCUCUAUGCAGAACAUGGAGACCAGCCCCAUGAUGGAUGUGCCUUCUGUAUCGGACCACUCCCAGCAGGUGGUGGAUAGUGGCUUCAGUGACCUUGGCAGCAUUGAGAGCACCACGGAGAACUACGAGAACCCCAGCAGUUAUGACUCCACCAUGGGAGGUAGCAUUUGUGGAAACAACUCUUCCCAGAGCAGCUGCUCGUAUGGGGGACUCUCUUCCUCCAGCAGCCUCACUCAGAACAGUUGUGUUGUCACUCAGCAGAUGGCAAACAUUGGCAACAGUUGCAGCAUGAUGCAGCAGAGUACUGUCCAGCCUGCAGCCAACUGCAACAUCAAGUCGCCUCAGAGCUGCGUGGUGGAAAGGCCUCCGAGCAAUCAGCAACCAGCAACCCAGCAGCCGCAGCAGCAGCCUCAGUCACAACAGCCUCAGCCCCCGCCUCCCCCCCAGCAGCAGCCUCCACUGUCUCAGUGUAGCAUGAAUAACAGCUUCACCCCAGCACCGAUGAUCAUGGAAAUCCCGGAGUCGGGAAGCACCGGCAACAUCAGUAUCUACGAGAGGAUUCCGGGGGAUUUUGGGGCCGGGAGCUACUCGCAGCCAUCAGCCACGUUCAGUUUAGCCAAGUUGCAGCAGCUAACAAAUACCAUUAUGGACCCUCAUGCCAUGCCUUAUAGCCAUUCUCCUGCUGUGACUUCCUAUGCAACCAGUGUUUCUUUGUCCAACACAGGAUUGGCCCAGCUAGCUCCAUCUCACCCAUUAGCUGGGACGCCGCAAGCACAAGCCACCAUGACCCCCCCACCAAACCUGGCAUCCCCCACCAUGAACCUCACGUCACCCUUGCUCCAGUGUAAUAUGUCUGCUACCAACAUUGGUAUCCCUCACACACAGAGGUUGCAGGGGCAGAUGCCAGUCAAGGGGCACAUUUCCAUUCGCUCCAAAUCAGCACCACUGCCCUCUGCAACUGCACACCAGCAGCAGCUGUACGGGCGCAGCCCGCCAGCAGUUGCCAUGCAGGCUGGGCCCCGGGCACUGGCUGUUCAGAGGGGUAUGAACAUGGGGGUUAACUUGAUGCCAACCACCCCGUACAAUGUCAACUCCAUGAAUAUGAACCUGAAUGCCAUGAACAGCUACCGAAUGACACAACCCAUGAUGAACAGCAGUUACCAUAGUAACCCUGCCUACAUGAACCAGACAGCACAGUAUCCUAUGCAGAUGCAGAUGGGGAUGAUGGGGAGCCAGGCCUAUACCCAGCAGCCUAUGCAGCCAAACCCUCAUGGAAACAUGAUGUACACUGGCCCCUCCCAUCACAGCUACAUGAAUGCUGCUGGGGUUCCCAAGCAGUCACUCAAUGGACCGUACAUGAGAAGAUGAGCGAGAUGAACUUGCAACCUAAAAACUUAAAUAUAUAUAAAUAAAGGAAC